GCUGGACUCAUCACAUGGAUCUUUCUGUCAGCUUCUGAUCGACUUUCCUGAAGCGGCUCUUUGUGCUGAGCACAGAGACGCAGCUGUUCGGCUGCGGACUGGACCUGGAUCCAAACUCUCGCCCAAAACAAUUGAAUUUCCUCGCGUUUCUUCCAAGCGGGGACGCCUCCCGCUCAAUGAAGCCGCGGUCCCAUCACUUUGAUCUCGGUGUCCUCCCGAGCGGCGGGACCCCGGAGCGCAGAGCAACUCUGCUGCGCGCACACACACACACACACACACACACACACACGCUCGCUCGCUCGCUCGCUCGCUCGCGCGCACUUUGAUUAACACGCAGGCACAACAGCGGCAUCACUGGAUUGUACUUGUGGACCUGCGCGCAGAGGAUCGAUGCUGCUCUGAUCGAUACGCUGAGCGUGCGAUCAGUUUGUGCUCAGCGGGCUCCGCGCGCACAGUCCGCGGCGGGCGGAGAGGGAGCAGGUCCCGGUGCUGGGAGCAGCAGACAGGCAGGGGAGCGGAGGAGGAGGCGCUCCUCUCUGCGUCCGGGACGACACCGACUCUCUCUCCCCUCUAUCUUCACCGUCUCUUGUGCCGGAGAUAAAUUAACGGAAAGCAGCUGUCGGUCGCUGUAGAGACGAGGCGUCCGCCUGGCGGCUCGGGACCCGCUUUGCCUUUUCUUUAUUCCUCAGAUCUCUUCCCGGGACCGCACCGCGCCCUCCGUCCCGAGGACACGCCGAGCAGCCGGGCCACAGCGGUGCAGGGCGGCCCGACACGCUCACCGGCGCUCCGGCCGUCGGAGAUGCCGUUUCGGGACAUUGUGGAGGUUUGCACACCGUCCACCAGCACCGGCCGCUGUCCGCACCCUCCGGCACCGACGCCGCACCGGGCUUCCCGGUGACUUUUCUCCUUUUGAUGCCGCUAACGGGACUUUUUUCUUGUUGGACAUGUUCUUCGCGUCUGGGCGGAAAGUUGUGAGCUCCCCGGCGGAGGGCCUCUAACAGGUCCGGACUGUGCGCGUAGUUCACCCGAGGCGGGGGUCAAAGUUCAGCCCUGGUUGGAAAUGUGAAAGCGAAGGGGCCAAAGGAGGGCUCUACCACCCUCUCCUUCUUUUUCUCUUCUUUCCCUUUUACACACAGACACACACUGCGCGCGCGCGCACCACGCACGCGCGCACACACGCAGGUUGGAGUUACAGUGACACACACACACACACACACACACACACACAACACACACCUUCCAGAUCUAAGAUUGGACCCGACAGAAAUGUAUUCUCCGCUAUGUCUGACACAGGAUGAAUUCCAUCCUUUCAUUGAAGCCCUGCUGCCUCACGUCCGGGCCUUCGCCUACACAUGGUUCAACCUGCAGGCCCGUAAGAGGAAGUACUUCAAGAAGCACGAGAAGCGCAUGUCCAAGGAGGAGGAGCGCGCUGUGAAGGACGAGCUGCUCGGCGAGAAGCCCGAGGUCAAACAGAAGUGGGCGUCUCGCCUCCUGGCCAAACUGCGCAAGGACAUCCGGCCUGAGUUCAGGGAGGACUUCGUGCUGACGGUGACGGGGAAGAAGCCGCCGUGCUGCGUGCUGUCCAACCCCGACCAGAAAGGCAAGAUGAGGCGGAUCGACUGCCUGCGCCAGGCCGACAAGGUGUGGCGGCUGGACCUGGUCAUGGUGAUUUUAUUCAAAGGCGUUCCCCUCGAAAGUACUGACGGGGAGAGGCUGGUGAAGUCCCCGCAGUGCUCCAACCCCAGCCUGUGUGUGCAGCCGCAUCACAUCGGAGUGUCAGUGAAGGAGCUGGACCUCUACCUGGCCUACUUCGUCCACGCAGAAACCGGCCAAUCAGAAAGUCCAAGCCAGGCCAGCGAAUCAGACAUCAAGGAGCAGCCUGAGAAUGGUCACCUGGGGUUCCAGGACAGCUUUGUGACCCCUGGCGUCUUCACAGUGACCGAGCUUGUACGAGUCUCACAGACACCCAUCGCCGCCGGCACCGGUCCAAACUUCUCACUAGCCGAUCUGGACAGCUCGUCCUACUACAGCAUGAGCCCAGGAGCCAUGAGGAGACCCCUCCCCAGCACCUCCUCCUCCAGCUCUGCCAAGAGGAUAAAGUGCAUGGAGGAGGAUGUGGACAGUCCAGGGGAGGAGUCCUACUACCCGGGCCAGGGCCGGUCUCCAGGCAGUGGCAGCCAGGCCAGCAGCUGGCACGACGUGGAGCCAGCUGGAUAUAAGCUGCGUGGCUCGCUAGCUAGCUCGUUCAUCUCCCGACAAGGGAUGCCGUCGCCCGCUGGCGCUCUGAAGAAGUCAGAGAAGUCUGGUUUCUGCGGCGCCAUGCCUCCACCCAGCGGCGCCUCCUCCGCCUCCACCUCUUCCUCUUCCUCCUCUUCCCCCCGAACGGCUUUCACACACCAUCACCGGCCCGUCAUUACCGGGCCUCGAGCAAGCCCACACGCACCCCCCUCCAGCCUCCACUUCUCCUCCUCCCCCAUCCUGCAGCAGCCUGGCUCCUACUUCUCCCACCCGGCCAUCAGGUAUCACCCGCAGGAGACGCUCAAGGAGUUUGUCCAGCUGGUCUGUCCUGACUCCGCCCAGCAGGCCGGACAGGUGGGCUUCCUCAACCCCAACGGCAGCUCCCAGGGGAAGGUCCACAACCCCUUCCUGCCCACGCCCAUGCUGCCUCCCCCUCCACCUCCCCCGAUGGCCCGACCCGUCCCACUGCCCGUCGAUGCCAAGCCGCCCUCCACCUCCUCCACUGAGGGAGGCAACUCUCCCACCUCGCCCACCUACUCCACCCCCACCACCUCUCCAGCCCAGCGCUUCGUUAGCGUCGGACCCAGAGACCCUGGAUUUAACAUCCCUCAGCAGCCACAGUGGUACCUGGGAUAAGGACACAGAGGCCCCUCCACCCACCUGUAUGACAAAUUGCUGCAGCCCUCUCCUUGACCUUUGACCUCUGACGCCAGCUGCAACAGAGAGCCCUAUCUUGACCAGCCCCCACAGUCCUUCUUCCCCUCUGCGCCUGACUCCACCCCCACCAGCGCCACACAGAGACUCAGCAGCAUCAGCAUGGCUACAGCAGAUCAAACGCACCCCAACCCAGUGUUAAAUGCCCACUCUGUGAACUGUAUGUCACAGACCUGCCUGUAGACUUAUGGUACAUGUGUUUCCAUGUAUAGUGCCAGAUCCUGUCACCUCCCUGCCACCAACACCCAGUCCUGAGAAAUGAAUGGGGGACUGAGUCUAUGGUUUUGGGAGCUUUGCAUGUGGAGAAACUGCACACAUACUCUCCCAUCCACCUCUGCAGGGUGUGCUUCGGUGGACCUGCAGGUCUGAAGCCGUCCUCGCCCUUUUGAUGGCUCAGGGUUGGCUUGGUUGGUUGGCAGGAGAUCCCACCAGCUAAUACCUCCAACCCCCUGCCGAGCCCCCACACACCUCCUGGGAUGGACUCUGCCCCUGGUUGGUGGCAGGCCAGUUUGAAAAGGCUCCUUCCAAAAACAUGGACCCGUGCUUAAUGGAAAGAGCCAAGCGCAGGUGGUGACAGACGCCUUCCUGCUCUACGUGAACUGUGAUGGGAGAUUGUGGGUGGAGGGUAAUUAUUGUGAAACUUGUCGGGUGUUUGACAUUUUGCUGGGUCCGAGCUUGUUUAUCUGGAAAGCUUUGGCUCCAUGGUUCAUUGAUUCUUCUCUCUUCAGCUGGUCCCCUCCUCUUCCUCCUCUGUCCACCCACCAGGUUGGGUGAAGCUACAGCAUGCUAACGCCGGUGUCCGAAGGGCAGAGAUCCGUUACUAAAUCUACCAGUGGAACAGUGGAAUACUGAUCAUGAGGAAAGUGCAAUUUUGUUGGCUAGCUGGUGGAUAGUAAAAUAUCUUUGUAAGAUAGCUCAUCGAAAACUGCUGAAAAGUAUAUAUAAAUAUAUAUUUUUCUUCUUAGUCCACUCACACCUCUGGGACUCUAAAAUAAUGGGGUACAAAAGCUAACAACACACGUGAGGAAUAAGGGAGCUGUACUCACUUUUACUGUUUUUUCUUGUUUGUUCAUCUUGUGAAGCUGUUAUCGUUAGCGACAACAAGAAACCCUUUAAGAACUAUCUGAAUUUCAAGCAUUUUGACCAGCUAAAGUCUGCUGCUCAUUUAGUUUCCAAGAGAAAGCAACACUAAGCAAUUAAUUUAUUUUAAUGAGCACAUUUUAAAACCUAAAGCAAUUUGAAUUUACUAUGUGGCAGAAUCAGGAGACAACACGUCAAAGAACCUAAAUGUGAUCCUGUUCUCCUGGGUUCCUGUAAUGGGCAUCGCCUCCUGAUGGGCUGCCCACUGAUUGGCCGGGUCUUUAAGACGUCGAAUCCAAUCCAAAGCACUUAUUCCUGCAGUUGGCCAAUGGGCCGUCGGUGUGUAAUCAGGGGGCGUGGUUUUGUGAUGAAGAGGUAGCGCAGAGGGAAGACAGCUGAGCGCUUCACAUACAACUUACCAUUUUAUCUAACUUCAGUUUUGUUUUCCUUUCUUGUACUAUAUAUAUAUAUAUAUAAAUAUAUAUAAAUAUAUAUAUAUAUAUACACACACAUGCACACACGCACACACACACAACCAUCCAGCAUCGAACAAAAGUGAAUUUAAGUGAAAAAAUUACAAAAAUGAACAAAAAAAUCUGCAUGUUUUAGUGUUAGUGACAACUUUUUCCAUAGAAGAUGUAGUUAGUGAGAUGAAGACACUCUGUUGUGAACCAACAUCAGGCACUUGCCAGCUCUCGUUAAGUUCAGCUCCUCACACACAACCAGCUCUCUUCGCUUCUCGGCAUCCCUCCAUUCUUUAUUCAUUUCCUUCGACAGAUCAGUUCUGCUUUUAGUUCCAAGUUCUCCCGCACAUUGUCAAACUGCACGGAAACAACUGUUCCUCAUCAAUGUGCCUUGAGCUAAGGUCCAGUCCUGAGACAGUAGCGAGAUCCAGUGUGGAGACUCAGCUUUCUUGUGUUUUUGUUUUUCCCACAAGCUCCACACCUGAGAUUUUGUACAAAACUGGAGCAACUGGUCAGAGACCAGUUGAAGCUGAGGAAGGAAGCUGUGCUUUUAAGACUGGUGCCCACUCAGCGUUUCAGGUCCCAGGACCUCGCAGGACAAAUGUACACCAGCUAUUUUCAGGUCAAUACCUCUGCAUCCCGUCCCACAAACCCAAGUCCACAAAGGACAUUGUGUGAAAUAAGCACCAAGUCGUGCCAAGAGACGUUUGACGCGGUUUGAUCCAGGUUAACUAAUUACAAAAACCACCUGGUUCAACAACUAACAACAAAACAUGACAAGAAGACUGAACGUCGCUGUCGGCUAAUUGAGCUACAGAAAAUACUGUGCGAUGUUCGCUAGCAGAGUUGAAUCAAAAUUUAGUUUGAGCUGGAAAAGCAAUGUACUGUAGCAGGUUUCCAGGUAUGUCACAGGUUAACUGACGAUAAACAAAGGUCAAAUUAGAUACAACACCUAGCUAGAUUAGCUGCACUGAGCUAGAACAGUGUUUUUAAAAUGUGUGGUUCAACCUUGUUUGUUGUUAACAGGUGGGAAUUUUGGGCUUAUUUCACAAAAUGUUUGCUGCCACUGAGACGACGUUUUGUCAGUUCAGUCCUGGUAUCGCGACCCCCCCUGACCUGUAGAAGGUGGGAUGGCGAGAAUCUCAGCGUUGAGUCUUCCUGUUUUCAUUUUCAUUUGUUUUGUCGCUUUUUUGGUUCUCAGACACGAAUAAGGACAUAAAAUAUGCAAUACCUGCUGGCACUCAGUUCCAUAAAUUUUGUCUUCUGUUGUUCCUCUUUUCUUUCAACCAAAGUUCUGGUGCUGUGACUGGGGUCUGAGCCAUCACCGCUUGGGUUCCUCCUCCUCCUUCUUUCAAUCAUCUGCUAAUGACGGCAUUUUUUUUCUAUGGCUCCGGUCACAGGCGAGCCUUAAACAAGUCCAACUUCUCCAAUACGCAGAGAACUGUUUGCAGACAUUACCAAUAUUUCUGUCGCGUUGGCCGAGGCUUAGUGACUCACUGUUGACCCCUGUGUUUAAUGAGAAGGACAGCAGCCGUCAGCUGUGAGGUCCGCUCGUGUGGGUUGUGUUUCCUUAGUGUGAUAUGUUUGUUGGUCUCUGUUCUCGCCUCCCCUUUAGCCACGAGUCGGGCAUUACUUCCUGAAUUAUCUGCACUAAAUAUGAAAAAAGUGGGAAAGGAUGAAAUAAAAAAUAGACAACUUCCAGGGCUUAAAAAGAGUGAAGGGAAUAAAAAAAUAAUCAUAAUUGCACGGACAUUUUGUAAGUGUCACGAAAUCCUCGAGGCAGCCUUGCAUCUAAUCAGCAACGCCGGCUGUGUGUACGAUAACAAAGACAAACUUGCACCGUUUUUAACGAAAGAAAACAGAAACAGAAUUUAAAGCAAUAGUUUGGGCAGCGUGUUUUGUUCCUGUGUUGUGAGUGUAAUUUAGUUGUGGUACGGCAGCAAAGACGCAGGGGAGUUAGCUGUUAGCGUCAGAGGGCAGAGCGGCGGCAGACGUUUGUAUGUUGUAUAGUUUUAUUAAUUACACUGAUUUAAUGCUGCCCUAUUUUAUAAUGCAGGACUUUUGUAACAUUGAUUAAAUGAGGAAAAACUAGUGUUGUGAAUUUUCUGAUUGUUUGUAUCGAGGCCACAUUACUAGAGCUGGUUUGGUUUGUUUUCAGGGAGCUGGAGCUGAAAACCUCCCUGCUUCCCUCUUUUCUUUAUUUACUUUCCUUUUGUAUGUAUUUAAGGACAUUUCCUCUGUUGAUGGUGAAGCUUAUUCCUGUUACUUGUGAAGUACAGGCGCUGUGGUGAUAAGACCAUUGUAAAUGGAUGUUACAGUUUGCUGUAUGUUCUGAAGGUUAUUUGUUGCAUCAGUGUUGAUGAAGCUAAAUUUAGGUCAUUCUGAGGACAACUGAUAAGAAAACGAGCGUUUUAUGCAUUUUGAAACUUUAGUUUUAGGCAGGAGACAAUGACAUAGCCGGCCCAAGGAUGCCCUACUAGAAAUGCAUCUUUUUUGUGUUCACCAUUCCAUGCGGGAAAUAAACAGCUUGAUUAUGCAACAUGAUCCUUUUUCUUUUCCAUCUGUUUUGUUCCUGGCUGCGUCCGGAGCUCCAUCCAUCCCAUCACAGCAUCAGGCACACAUCAGCUGAGGAAGGACACACCACUCGUGCCACGGAGCCUAACUGGGCUUCUGCUCAUUUGACCAACAACCUUCCAUUCAGCCUCUAGUCUCACCUCAGCCUCAGCCUCAGUGGGACAAGCAGAAACCUUUGCUGUGUUACUGUUAUUUUAGGUUGAAGUUCAAUAAUAUUCAUAAACAUUCAAUGUAACAGUGAAACAAGAAAUAAAUGCAAAUGAGCAGAGUCUCAAACUCAACAAAGGUUAAAGGCCCGGUCGCUGGGACUGAGGCUGAGCGAUGGGUCCAUUGGCCAGACCCUGACUUCAACCUUCACCAACACAGGAACCAGUGACUCCAAUCUAAAAACGCGAUCCACAAUGUGUUCAAGCAGCAAUAUGAGCCCUGCUUCAGUCUCUGCCACAUCCUCUCACUUCGCCCCUUUCCGCUUUCGAGAGUUGGUUUUUGGAUUUUUGCUUUGAGGAAUUCUGCCUCUGCAUCAGGAAACAGGGUUGAAUGAAGGCUUUCUUGCUGACGCCUUUGUUGUCUUCACGUUUGUCCAAAUUGUCCUGGGCAGAGCUUAUCACAAAAACGCUUUCUCCCCUCCCUCAGCUGACAAACCACCGCAGGCCUGCGGUUCAAGAGAGUUGCAUUUGAGCGAGGGGCAGAAUUCUGGAUUUCUAUUGCAGGGUAUUCAUCCGUCAGACCUGACUCUGUGAAUUCUAGCAUCUAAGCCCAUAGUCCUAUGCGAGCUGGGGACCCCUUCAGUGACACCUGGCGCCCUCCUCCAGCGGCUUCCGCAAUAAACGCAGCCACGUCUGAGCAAAUCCAAGCCGACAGUAGAGCAGAAGGAAGAGAUCCUUCACGAGCGGGAAACGAGUACAAAUGGCAGCACUUCAUGGGGAUGAAGGAGAGUCGUUGGACAAGGAGGCAGGUAACACUGAAGCUGCUCUCCAGAGCUCAGCUGUUUUGAAUUACAGUGUCACUGCUCUUUGCAAAGAUAUUUAUUUCUCCUGUUGCAAACCCAUCACAUGGUGCUAAGUGUUGACUCAACCAGAGAACGGAGGACGCUUCCUGACCGCAGUCUGAUCUGCAUGAGAACUAUGCACUGACUAAAAACCAACAUCCACGUGGACUUUGGGUUCUGAAAGGUUUCAGUCCUUCUGUUUCCAGAUCCCAGCUUCUAUGGACCCAAAACCUAAAAAAGAAAAACAAAAUAAAAACGAACCAGCAUAUUCCUCGAUAUAUUGAAAAGAUCAAAUGUAGUGCCUGUGAAUCCUGUAUUAUAACGCUCCAAUAACUGUUUGUAACUGUUGAAAUCUCUGAACACCAGUAGCCUUUGCUGUUUGCCAGGCCCCUCGGAUUAUAGCUAAUGUACAAUAAUCACAGAUAUAACUGCAUGCUCUCCCAUAAUCACCUAUACGCUGUUACCAAGACGACAGAUGAGAAAACUAUUACAAACCCAGACGGUUCUGUUACUGUUCUGCUCUUUAUGCCUCAAACUGUGUCACCUCCUCCUCCACCCUUUCUACCGUGUCAUGGAUGUGACGGCAGCCCCAGGCCGCCGGCCGCAGCCUCCCAGGGUUUGACUCUGACAAUCUCUGUCUAAGGUUUAACAUCAGUGAACAGCUGGCUGCUCUGCUCUGCUCUGCUCCUCCCUGCAUCGACCAGCAGGCUGAGAAAUCUCCUCCCUGGCUGUUUCCUGCAGGAGCCUCAAUCGAUGGCCUCGGCCCUUUUCUGCUGAGCUCGGCGCUAUCUGGGACAGAAUCCCCUCCUUUCUCAUUGAGUCUCAGCUGCAUCUUCCCCGACAGGGCUUCAAUCGAGCCGCCGCUCCUCCAGGAUGAGCAGAGCCUAGAGAGGGCGGCAGCCAGCACCUGGGAGGCCCUCCUCUGGCAGUCUCAGGCCGGCCGGGCUCCAUGGGCUCGUCUGGUUCACCUCCAGUGGCUCCUUCAGUUCUCCACUCAUCCUGUCGAUGGGGCUCAGCUCUUUGAAAGCAGCUUCUUUGACUCGUGUCCUUUAGAAACAGAAACUCAACUUUUUUGAUGACCUCAGCGUUUUAUCACAGUGCCGACAGUGCCAGUGGCUUUUACAGUUUAGACUUUAUUACUUUACUUCUGUUAUUGAUUCGUCUGAAUAUCACAUGAUGUGACAUGAAGAUGCUGAACAAAUAUUUUUUUGUCUUAUAUGAGAGAAAAGCAACAAACCAACAUCGAAACCAAAACCCUCCUAUAGUGAUUCUUCUAAACUGGAAGAUGUCUGAUGGUUACCCGGUAACCAUAGAAACGCCAUUUAACCAGUGUGUGUCCAGUAAACAAAACACACUGGUUUCAGUAUCUGUCACGUUCACUGUAGCUUAUCCACUCAGGUCCAGUUGUAGUUGUCUGUCCUUCACUUGACCAGUUUGUUAUGAGAUGUGUCAUCAGACGAAGGAUUAAAGAUCUGAGCAGCAACAUUGUUUAAAGAAAAGUCCCUUGGCACAAAACAGACGUCCCUGUCCUGUGUUUGCUGAAGCAGGGUUCUGUCCCAGACCUGCAGUCGCUCACUGUGUUUUCCAGCCUGUAGAUGUUGCUGAUCUCCAGUGUUGGUGACAGAUCAGCUAAUGACAAUCUCAAGGAAGGAGAGCUUUAUCUUGACCCGAGCGCGGCUGGGCCGAUGGCCUGGAGCAGUCUGAGUCAUGCAUUCACCUCAUGUGUCCCAUCAUUCCCUCCGCAGACGACGUUUGGUUCCUCAUCUUCAUCCUCACGCAGGACUGACUUAAACCUUGUGCCUCUACAACUCUUUUAUGGGACAAGGCGGCGUUUUCUGCCGCCGCUCCGGGUCCUCGACCCGGUCUUACACUUGUGUUCAGUGUGAACUAGUUUCCAUUGGUGGUGUCGGUGCCAUUGUUUGUCUGCCCUCUGUUCUGGAGCUGACUCUCCGUUGUCCUGUGUGACGUACUGCUGUCACUUCUGUUCUUCUUGUCCCACUGUUGUUUCUGUAGACGCAUCCCUCUCGACCCCAUUAGUGACUCCAUGUCCGAAGCAGAAAAUAAAGAAGCUGAUGCUCUGUC